AUGGUUGAACUGGAGCGCUUGAAGGACAUGAUUUACCAUGAAAAACAGCAGGCUGGGUCCAUGCUUUGUGCCCAGCACGCCCUUAAUUCACUCAUGCACACUCUGGAAGGUCACUAUGAUCACGAUGCUAGUGUUACGAGUAUGAACAUGGAUGACACAGGAUUUUUCUCUGUUCAGGUUCUAGAACACGCCUUGAACAUUUGGGGUCUUAGCACGCAGCUAGCUUUUAUCUUAAAUCAGAACCAGCACUGGUAUACAAUUCGGCGAUUCGGAACCGCAAAUCCCGACCCAACUGUUGAUUCGGGAAACGGCCACUGGUUCAAUCUCAACUCUUUCGAAUCUUCCCCACAAUGGGUAGGUAGAUUGUAUCUAGAUGUGUUUUUGCAACAAGCGGAAAGUGACGGCUAUUCUGUAUUUGUCGUGACACAAGUGGAUCCUUCGGCUCCUCUUGCAUUGCCUCGCACCGAUGCAGAUGAAGUCGCAUCCACUGUCCCCGAGCCGUCUUCCGCUUCGUCUAUUAAUCUACCUCUCUCAUCCACAUCUGCCGACACAUCUGCCGCCACCUCGUUAUCGCAUCUAAAAGGGAUCGAAGGCUUCGAAGACGAAGAUAUGGAGCUUCAAGCCGCACUUCAGGCCUCCCUCAUGGGUGGGUCUACCCAUGGGCUAUCCUUUUCGCACUUAAGUCCACCUCCUUUGAGUACAGGAGUCAGAUCUGCAGGAAGCAGUAUACCUGCUGGCCAGGACCCAUUUGGUAACGCAGACGUGGAUCCAGUUACUGCAAGCAUGGAACGUAAUCGUGUAAUUAUGGAGCGUAUGCGACGUGAGCAGGAGAUUGCCUUGCGCGAACAAUACGAGGGGGAGAUUGCCCGAAUGGAGAGGACUAGGCAUCCAAGCGUACAUGAAAAUACGGAUGAGCACCUGAUGCGUGCAACAGCGGAGUCGCGUCGUACCCAAGAGCUGACGCAACCGCAUGCCCAAGGUGAUAGUGGCAUGGAACACGACGAUGAGGACGAGGAUUAUCAGCCACCACACUCCACAUAUAGCCGCCAAAAUACUGAGCUGUCGCACACGGUAUAUGACGAUGACGACGCGGAGUUGCAAGCUGCUCUGAGAGCAUCUUUAGAGGACGUUCCACCGGGUUUCAGUAUUCCAACAACCCCACCCCUGCACAGGACGGCUGUUCCAGUAUCCGAAGCCACCGCUCCAAAUGCGUUAGACGCAGAGACGGUGGACGAGACAAGGUCAGAAGCAGAGACGAGUACGGCAGCUUCGGAGUCAGUGACAGAAGAGAGCAUCAGCUUAGACGAGAUACGCAGAAGAAGGCUCGCGCGAUUUGGUGGCUAAAUGUUUUUUGUGAAUGAGGCUUGGGCAAGUUUAUGAUGGACGGAAGUACGAACUACUUGUAGACUCGAUUGGACUUGCAGUUGGGUUGAAACUGAGAAUAAAGAUUACACUAACAAACCUUAA